CUCGCUCUCUCUGCACUUGCGUUAUCUCUCCGCUCAGGAUACAGCUGCUACAUGUCCAGCACCUCCAGCCACAUAGAAUAUUCUGCAUUAGAACAUUCUUCCUGUAACAUCUGGUUUCUCCACCUCAGUGCAAGACGAUGAGUUUCCUCAGGAGUGGGGUCUCCCUUGGUGCAUGUGCACUGGGUACCAGAUUGACUCCUUCACGCCUCUACCCUCUUAGCUACCCUCUCCUGUCCUUCCUCAGAUCUUAUUCUAGAUCACACCUGGCAGAACGAAAACAAAAUACCGCUUACAACUACUACGAGAAUGGGACAAACGACUCAGUCCUGACGCUGGAGACCAUGAAUCCCCGUAUCAAGAAGGUGGAGUACGCUGUGCGCGGACCCAUAGUCACCAGAGCUGUGGAGCUGGAGAAAGAGCUGCAACAGGGCGUAAAGAAGCCGUUUACAGAGGUGAUUAAAGCUAAUAUUGGAGAUGCCCACGCCAUGGGCCAGAAACCAAUCACCUUCCUGAGACAGGUCACUGCCAUCUGUCUGUACCCUGAGCUUCUGAAUGACAACAAGUUUCCAGAUGACGUGAAGCAGAAGGCAUUGCGUAUCCUGCAGGCAUGCGGGGGCAAUAGCAUCGGGUCAUACAGCGCCAGUCAGGGUAUAGAGAUCAUCCGCCAGGACGUAGCGAAGUACAUCGAGCGGAGAGACGGGGGAAUCCCUUCCAGCGCGGACAAUAUUUAUCUCUCCACCGGAGCCACAGACUCUAUCUUCACCAUGCUGAAGCUACUGAUGUCUGGCCAGGGGAACUCUCGCACUGGGGUCCUCAUCCCCAUCCCACAGUACCCCCUGUACUCAGCGGCUCUGGCGGAGCUGGGCGCCGUGCAGGUGAAUUACUAUCUUGAUGAGGAUAAUUGCUGGGCGCUGGACAUCAAGGCGCUGAGGAGAGCGCUGGAGGAGGCCCGAACACAUUGCAACCCCAAGGUCCUGUGCAUCAUCAACCCUGGAAACCCCACCGGUCAGGUACAGAGCCGGAAAUGCAUUGAGGACGUUAUUCAUUUUGCAGCAGAAGAGAACCUGUUUCUUAUGGCCGAUGAGGUGUAUCAGGAUAACGUCUAUGCCAAGGGUUGCGCCUUCCACUCUUUCAAGAAGGUUCUGUUUGAGAUGGGACCCAAGUACUCGGACGUGGUGGAGAUGGCUUCCUUUCACUCCACAUCUAAAGGUUGCAUGGGCGAGUGUGGCUUCCGAGGGGGAUACAUGGAGGUCACUAAUAUGGACCCAGAAGUUAAACAGCAGCUGACCAAACUGGUGUCUGUACGUGUGUGCCCCCCCGUACUGGGACAAGCCUCGCUGGAUAUGGUCAUAAACCCACCUCAGCCCGGAGAUCCUUCCUACAAGCAGUUUCUUGCGGAAAAACAAGCCAUACAGGGGAAUCUGGCUGAGAAGGCACGGUUCGCAUCGGAAAUCCUAAACCAGGCCCCAGGUAUCCAGUGUAAUCCCAUCCAGGGAGCCAUGUACUGCUUCCCAAAGAUUGAGAUCCCUGAGAAAGCCAUCAAGCUGGCGCAGGCUGAAGGUCAGGCCCCGGACAUGUUCUUCUGUAUGAAGCUGCUGGAAGAGACUGGAAUCUGUGUGGUGCCAGGGAGUGGCUUUGGCCAACGUGAAGGGACCCACCACUUCAGGAUAACCAUCCUCCCCCCUACUGAGAAGCUGAAGAGCCUCUUGGAGAGGCUGAAGGAUUUCCAUCAGAAAUUCACCCGUGAAUACUCCUAGGAGGUGACAAAGCAGUGGUGACCUUGGAUGAUGACAAGGGGGGAAACAUGCAGGUGGAAUCGUAGUUGAGUCCAGGACCUGCCGCUCAUUUCUACUGUAUAUUGUGCAUUGCUAAUAUUGUUCUGUUAUGCUACCUUUCCUUGUGGCAAUCAAGCAUCAAGUAUGUUUAUUAUGUAUUAUAUUUCUUGAUGGCAAUACCUGUAUCAUUACAGGUGACACAGACGUUAUCUCCUCAUGGCUGUUCCCUUUCUAUUUAUUUACCACCUGGUCACAUGUCCUUCUGUGUUGAUGGAUACUUAAAGAUACACUACCCAGGGCCAUCUUAACAGCAUUGUAGGUCCAGGGUAAUGUACUGGGGCCUCUAACCACUUAUUCCCCUCCUGUGGUCCUGCACUGUCUCUCCAUGUUUCCCUACAGUGUAUGGCUGGCAGCACUCUAAUUAUUGGAUAGCUCCAGCCAUUCACCAAUCACAAUGCGGGCAGUUAUUUCCUGUCUGGCUGCAGGCUGGAAGGCAUGUAGAGAAUACUGCACUCUGAUUGGUGGAUAGCUCCAACCAUCCACCAAUCAGCAUGCUGGCAGUUAUUUCCUGUCUGGCUGCAGGCUGGGAGGCACGUAUAGAAUAAUGCCUGCUCUGAUGAUGUGUAACUCACCCAAGAAGCUCUGGAGGCACCAGCACAUACUUGCUCGAAGGCCCCUAGAAUCAUGGGGUCCUGGGCAGCUGCCCAGUUAGCCCAUACAUUACGAUGGCUCUGGAACUACCUAAUAUUACUGCUACUUUAUAAUAUAAACUACAUACAUACAUACGAUUCUGCAUCUCCCCCUUCCUAUGAUAUAUAUAUAUAUUUAUUAGACAAAUAAAAUUUAAUUUAAGUAUAA